AUGAAGAUGGCGGCGCCGGUGGGUCCGCUGCGGAGCUUCUGUGCUUCGUAACACGAAGAGCUCGAGAGAGCUGGAGUUAGCCGCCCUUUCCCGCCUCUGGGGACGGUGGGCUCCCCCUUUCCAGCCUGGCGCUCGGUGACGCUGUGGUCUCUCCGCGCAGGGGCCAUGGAGGACGAGGAACGGCAGAAGAAGCUGGAGGCCGGUAAAGCCAAGCUUGCUCAAUUUAGACAAAGGAAAGCACACUCUGAUGGACAGAAUGCAGCCAAGAAGCAGAAAAAAAAGAAAAAGGUCUCAAACACCAAAGAUGAAGAAUUGGUCCAAGAAAGUCUAGAUAUUGAUCAUUCACAAGGUGAAGAUGUAUCUGCACACAGCUGCCAAAGAGGAGCAGCUGCUACACCUGACUUUGCUAUAGUGAGAACUUUGCACAGUGGUGAAAUGAUCAAACAUAAUCAAACCUAUACUACGGAACUGGAAAGUGAGAUUUCCACUACAGCUGAUGAUUAUAGCUCAGAGGUAAAUGGUUGCAGUUUUUUGACAAGAACGGAGGUACCCACAGACGUUAUCAGGGAAGAAGAAUUUGGAUUUGGAGAGAAUUAUUCUGAGCUUGGGAGGCAGCAUUCACUGACCCGACUGGAGAUGAUGGAGAAUGAAUUGACUGGAAAACAACAAGAGAUUGAAGAGCUAAACCGAGAGCUAGAAGAAAUGAGGGCAGCAUAUGGUACAGAAGGAUUGCAACAGCUACAGGAAUUUGAAGCUGCUAUCAAAAAAAGAGAUGACAUUAUAACCCAACUCACUGCUAAUCUUCAGCAAGCAAGGAAAGAGAAAGAUGAAACCAUGAGGGAGUUUUUGGACUUGACUGAACAGAGUCAGAAACUACAAAUUCAGUUUCAACAUUUGCAGGCAAGUGAAACCCUACGGAAUACUAGUCAUAGUAGCACAGCUGCUGACUUAUUGCAGACCAAACAACAGAUACUUGCAUAUCAACAGCAGCUUGAAGAACAAGAGCAACUGUUGAGGAGUUAUCAACUGAAGAAUGAAGACUUUGAAAUGCAAGUUUCCCUUCUGCAGGAGAGAAUAGCUGGCUUUGAAAUGGAAAGAAAGUACAUAGCUGAAGAAGACUCUAGUAAGAAGAAGAUACAAGAAAAAGAAGCAAUUAUUAAAAAAUUGGAAGCAAAAGUAAUAGAAGAUGAAGAAAACAUAGUGAAUCUUCAGAGAAAAGUGUCAUCUGCUGAGAAAUCUAUUGAGGAAUUAAAAGAAGAGGUUUUACAAAGAAAUAAAGAGGCACAUAAUGUGAGAGUAGAACUAGCCAGUUCAAAACAAAAAGAAAGACAGUGUUCUGAUGAAAUAAAACAGUUAAUGGGAACUGUGGAAGAAAUGCAGAAGCGUUGUCACAAAGAUAGUCAGCUUGAGAAGGACAUUAUACAAAGAAUGGAAUAUGAAGCUCAAAAAAGACUUGCAGAUCUCAGGGCAGAAUUGGAAGAAGAGCAUGGGCAGCAGAUAGUACACAUGAAACAAGAGUUAGUUAGGGAACAUACAAUAGAGAUUGAAAAGCUUCUUGCUCAGCAGAAAACAGAUCUGGAGAGAACUUUGAAUUUACGUUCUAGUAAUACUCAUGAAGACCAAAUACAUUUAAUGAAUAUUGCAAUUAAUGAGUUGAAUCUCAUGCUGCAAGAUGCUAAUUACCAGAGAGAAAAGAUGAGGCAGGAUUUAUCACAGCAGCUUGAAGUAGUAACCUCAGAAAAGUCUUCCCUACAAAAUCAAAUUGAAGUUCUUUGUCAAGAAUUGAACUUCGCAAGGGAACAGGUUCAGAGAACACAACAGACUUUAAAUGAAAAGGAAAACAAGUUACACGAAUCUGAAGAGUUACUAAUCUCUGUUGGAGAUCUAAAAGCAGAGCUUGCUUCUGCAACUGAGGUCCAGAAAGAAUUAGAAUUAAAACAUGAGGCAGAAGUUACAAAUUACAAAAUAAAACUUGAAAUGCUAGAAAGAGAGAAGGAUGCAGUUUUGGACAGGAUGGCUGAAUCUCAAGAGGCUGAACUAGAGAGACUAAGAACUCAGCUUUUGUUUAGUCAUGAAGAAGAACUGACAAAACUUAGAGAGGAUUUACAGGAGGAACACAGAAUAAACAUUGAAAAUCUUAAAGAUAAUUUACGUAUGCAACAAAAACAGCAGUUAGAUGAGCUACAGAAUGAAAUGUCUAAAAAGAUAGAAGCUAUGAAGUUUGAAAAUGACGAUUUAAUUGUAAAACAGAAUCAGCUCAUGCUAGAAAUAUCAAGGCUAAAAGAUUUGCAGCAGGCUGUGGUGGAUUCUAAAUCAGAAGAAAUGACACUUCAAAUCCAUGAACUCCAGAAAGAGAUAGAAGUUCUCAGAAAAGAAGAAAAAGAAAAAGGUAUUCUUGAACAGGAGGUUCAGGAAUUGCAACUCAAAAUAGAGUUAUUGGAAAAGCAGAUGACAGAAGGAGAAACUAAUCUUCAAGAAAAAUGUAGAUUACUUGAAAGACAAAAUAUAGUUCUUGAGGAUGAAAAUAAGGCUUUGCAUGAGAAGUUUAAAAAAUACUCCAUUACGAAUAUGGAAGAAAGUUUAAUCACAGAUAGUUCCAAUUCACAGGACUUUGAUUUGCAAAAAAGAGUAGAAGAUCUGAUAGCAGAAAAUAAGAAACUUGUAAAACAACAAAUUGUACUCAAAGAAGAGAUUGAGAAGCAAAAAAAUUCUCUUUCAUUUGCUGAGAAAAACUUUGAACGUAAUUAUCAGGAACUCAGGGAAGAAUAUGAUUCUCUGCUAAAGGUAAACUCUGAUUUAGAGAAGAGCAAGAAUGAGCACGAGGAUGAAUACAAAGCCAGACUCCAAACUUUGACGGAAGAGAUCCAGCACUUACAAGGAGAUGCACCAGUUCAACAGAAGAUCCAAAGUUCAGUCCUUCACAGUAAGAGAGAGAGAAUUUUAAGAUCAGAAACAUUUGAUAUUGAGGAGAUUGUAGAAAAAGAUACAACAGAACUUAUGGAAAAGCUUGAGGUGACUCAACGUGAAAAGCUGGAGCUUUCAUUGAGGCUUUCAGAACUUUCUGAAGAAUUAAAAUGGAAGCACAGUGAAAUCUUCCAAUUAAGCGAAGAAAUUAAAUCUCUAAAACAAGAUAAAGAUUGCAUUUCAACAAAGUGUAAAGAACUGGAAUUCAUUCUUAGCCACAGAGAGGGCGAGAAUAUGAAAACUUAUGAACAUAAGCCAUACGCCAAUGGGGGGCCACAGAUGGACUCUACCACACUUGCUGAACCUGGCAAUUUAAUAUCUGACUCAUGCAAAGAACUUGGUAAGGCAAUAAGAGAAAAAGAAGAAAACCUGACAUCAAGCAGAAGUAUAGUUCUUCAUAUUCCAGUGGAAGAGGCAAUUCAACAGAAACUGAAUCCAGAGCCACUGUCAUUAUUUGAUAGUUUACACCAAAUGAGUGAUGGAUUAGCAGGAGACCCUUCACAAAGGAGCCUUGUGCAAAGUGAAAAGCUUCAGGACCAGCUAGAUAUGCUAAAAUCUGAACAGAAUGAUUUAAAGCUGCAGAUGGAGGCCCAGCGCAUUUGUCUGUCUCUGGUUUAUUCAGCUCAUGUGGACCAAGUACGUGAAUACAUGGAGAAUGAAAAGGAGAAUGCACUUUCUGCUCUUAAGGAGGAGCUCCAGGUUCAUCAUGCACAAGAGCUGUUUGAACUCAAGAAAAACCAGCAGGAUUACCAAGCCAUGGAAGGUCAAACACCAGAUGAAGAAGGCCAAUCUAUGUCUAUGCGUCUAGAAGGGUUUAGCAGGACAGUAGCUGAAGAAUGCUCUAAACUCAAUCAGUCUCUGUAUAGCAUUUUUCAUGAAAAACAUUCCUCUGCUCUUGAAGAUGAUGUUGGAGAGAGACAGAAAUCUAGCACUGUUUUAAUGUCUAGAGCUGAAGCUCAAGCUUUGGAGGGAACUCUGCAAACUAUCCUGAGCAAGAUAUUGGAGGAAUACCAUAGAUUACUGGAAUAUCAUGCACAGUUUUUGAAAGACAUGACAAAGGUUGAAGAGUUAAAGGCGUCAUGUGCAGACCAAGAUGCAAGAGAAAUUGGUAGUCUUCAGCAAAGCUUAGGAUGCUUACAUAUUCCAUCUCAGGAUCUUGUUGAUCUCAAAGUUAGGCCAUCUCAUUGGAAAGAUAUGGAGAAGUUUAAAUCUCAGCUUGAAGAACAACAUGCUCAAGAAGUUGAACACCUCCGAUCCUAUUACCAUCAGCAGUUGAAAGAAACUGAGGAAAGAUGCAGUACAGAGAUUGCUCACUUACAGAGUAGACUGCAGGAUGCUGGUGUCCCCUUUGACUGUUUCAGUAUUUCCAAGGAAUCACAGAUAAAUGAAACAAUACAAAAAGGGAAGCAUGCUGAAAAUGGUCUCCAGCAAAUUGUGGACACGGCAGCAGAGCCCUCUAAUGAAGUGGACAUGAUUGAAUUUCUGGAAAAACAGUAUCAAGAAAAAUUAGUAGAAGAAAUAGCGAAGGUUGUUGUAACUAUGAGUGUACAGUUUGCACAGAAAAACGAACUAGAAAGAAUUGCUAAUCUAAAGGAGAAAGACAUGUUGCUAGAAAAUAAUUUGAGGCAUAGAAAGGAUUGCCCUGAAGAGUUAGACAGCUAUAGAGAUGAGAGAAGAGGCACUAGAGAUGAAGCAACUACAUCACUUAGUACAGAGAUCAGUGAAGAGUGCAGUGAAGCAUCAUCUGUUGAAGGACAGUUUCAGCCAGAUGUUAAGUCUGCUAUACUUGGACUACGUGAACUUGAAUCAAAGUCUUCAAUAGACUCCUCUUCAAGUGAUAAAGAGCUUAUGCAAAAGACAUCUCAGAUUAUCAGUGAAGAUUCACCCUCCGGCAAAGCAUCUUCUAGGCAGAUGCUGCUUUAUGAAGAGCGCUUGGAAGAUAUGCGACAAGAGCUUGUCCGGCAAUAUCAAGAACAUCAGCAGGAGACAGAAAUAUUGAAGCAGGGUCACAUGCAGCAAAUGGAAUGGCAGAAAGAAAAUCAAGAACUCCUCUUAGCAGAGCUUGAUAGACUUAAAGCACAGUUAGCAGAGAACAUAUCACUGGAUAGUGACCAGAUCAUCACAGAAAGAGAACAAUUUCUUUUAGAGGAAGUAGACUCUCUAAAGAAGCAGUUAAUACCAGAGAAAAAGAAGCUAUGUUCUGAACUAAAAGACAGUGGUACUCAAACACAGAGUGAAAAUACAAGUGAAACUGAAUCAAAAGAGUGCAUUUUAGAAGGUGAAGAUGGAGGAGGAGACCACAAAGAGGCUUCUUCUGACGUCAUUUCAAAAGAAAGACAUGACUUACAGAAAGCUAAUAACAGACUCCUGAAGAUUUUGUUGGAAGUUGUAAAAACUGUUGUUGCAGUAGAAGAAACAAUUGGCUACCAUGUUGUGGGGCUACUGGAUCGGUCAUCAAAAUGUCAGUUGUCUUGUAAAAGUCUUUCAUGGGAAGCAAAAACAGAGGACCCCAAAAAACCAAGCAUCCAUGUGGGAUAUGAAGCAGAAAAGUCAUUUUCCUCGUAUCAUGGCAGUGAUCUGGAGGGUGAUGUUAAUAAUGUGUGGUCGGACGUAACAGAUGAAAGCCUUGUCCUCACCCAGUACCUUACAGAGCAUGGCUUUGCUGGAGUGGAAAUAGACUCUGAUAGUCAAGAGCUGGUUUUAAAUAUCAACUUUCGACUUCAGGCAGCAGUUGAAAAACUUCUGGAAGCAAUCAAUGAAACAACCAAUCAGCUUGAACAUGCUAAAGCUACUCAGACAGAACUGAUGCGAGAGUCCUUUAAACGGGAACAAGAAGCCACAGAAUUACUCAAAGUUCAGGAGGAUUUACAAGAGCGACUGGAUGAAGAGGUUAAAACUAGACAGCAGUUGGCAUUGGAACUUGGCAGAGCAGAGAGUCUUAUUGAUGGUUAUGCAGACGAAAAAUCGCUUCUGGAAAAGCAAAUCCAGGAAAAAAUAGAUGUAAUUGGCCAUCUUGAGCAAGAUCUCCUUUGUACAGGUAACAAAUUACAGGAACUAGAGGCUGAGAGGCACCAGUUUCAAGAAGAAAAGGAGUUACUCUUCAGACAAAAGGAUGCUAUGAAAGCUGAUGCAGGACCAAUAGAACAACGCCUAGUAGAUGCUGCAGUCGAUGCAGCUUCCCAAGCAGAGUUGCUGGCGGAGACAGAAAAACUUAUGAAGGAAAAAAUAGAAGUGCAACGGCAAGCUGAAAAAGAAUAUGACUAUCUUCAGAAACAGGUGAAGGCACUGGAAACUGAUAUAGAGGAGCAGGUCAACCAGUUUUUGGAACUUGAGCAAGAAAAGAAUGCAGAAUUAAUGGAUCUAAGGCAGCAGAACCAAGCUUUAGAGAAACAGCUUGAGAAAACCAAAAAGUUUCUAGAUGAACAGGCAAUUGACAGGGAACAUGAGAGGGAUGUAUUCCAACAGGAGAUACAGAAGCUUGAGCACCAGCUUAAGAUUCCACAAAGAUUUCAGCCUGUCAAUGAACACCAAAACAAAGAGGUUGAGCAGUUAACAAAUCAUCUCAAAGAAAAGACAGACAAAUGCAGUGAGCUUUUGCUCUCUAAGGAGCAACUUCAGAGAGAUGUACAAGAACGGAAUGACGAAAUUGAAAAAUUAGAGUACAGAAUCAGAGAAUUGGAACAAGCUUUAAUGAUCAGUGCUGACAGUUUGCAAAAGGUGGACCAAAGGCAGCAGUUUGGGUCUCCAGUGAGGGGAGAAUUGCCUCUAGAAGCUCAAUUACAGGCGGAACAAGAAGCUGUAGACAGGAAGGAAAAAGAGAUUAUAAAUCUUGAAGAACAGUUAGAGCAGUUCCGUGAGGAAUUAGAAAAUAAAAAUGAAGAAGUACAACAGUUGCAUAUGCAACUAGAAAUCCAGAGAAAAGAAGCUACCACACGGCAACAAGAACUUGAACAAGAGAAUAAAUUAUUCAAGGAAGAAAUGGAAAAAUUGGGAUUAGCUAUCCAGAGUCCUGAAGAUGGUACCAUAAAGGAUCAUAAGCCAGUUACAGGAAAAUUUGUUCAGAUCAUACAGGAAAAAGAACAGGAAAUAAAUGAACUCCAUGAACAAAUUUCAAAACUGCAACAGAACCUUGAAUUUACAACAGAUAACAAAGUAAUUGAGGAAAAAAAUGAUCACAUAAGGGAACUGGAGGCCCAGAUAGAAUACUUAAAGAGUGACCAAGAGCGUCUAAAACAAAACAACGAGCAGGAAGUAGAACAGCUGAAUGAAGUUAUUGAAAAGCUCCAGCAAGAGCUGGCAAAUAUUGAACACAAAGAACCUAGUCUGGACUUCUCAUUGAUUCAGGAAGAUGCAGAUAAUUUAAAACACCAGCUAGAUGGAGUGUUGGCAGAAAAAGAAGCCCUGUUGAAGAAAGUGGAAAGCAGUGAUGUAGAGGUGUCCCAAGCAAAAAAUGAACUGGAAGAAACAAAAUUAAAAGCAAACAGGUUAAAAAAAGAACUAGAUACAUUAAGGGAGGCACAUAAAAGAAUGGGAGAAGAACUUGAAAAUGUACAAAUGAAAAGCAGAUUGGCUGAAGUAGGAGUGAUGAUCAGAGAAAAAACUGAAAACCCAGAAGCUAUAGAUCAGAAAAAAAUAUUUAAUUUUGUGGAAAAUGCUAAAGACUCUUUCAGCGACACAGACACAAAGUUGCAGCAGCUUCAGACAGCUCUUAAGGACAGGGAUUUGGAGCUAAAGCAGUGUUACAACCAAAUUAAAGAUUUAAGUGAGCAAGCGCAGGCUGAGUCAGAGGCAUUUCAGCAGAAAAUAGUGGAGCUAAAAGACAUGCUGGCUCAGAAGGCUGCAGCGGCAAUUGUUAAUCAAGCUCAGCUGAAUGCAGUGCUAGAGCAAAGUAAAGUCCUCCCGGAGAUGCACACAGGAGGGCCAGAGGAAGCAGCACAGAUUAUUCUAACAGAAAAGACAGAUGGCACAGUUGAAGAAGACGCAAAGUGCAGAUUAUCAGCACUGCUGGAGAAACUUUCAGAGAUGGAGUGCCAAGUGGCAAAUGCACACAGUAGCUUGCAACUAGAAAAGACAAAAGUGGAAAUAGCACAGAAGGAAGCUAAAGAAAAGGAGGAAAGACUUGCUGAACUAAAGCAGCUUCUAGCAGAAGUAGAAGAAAAGCACAAAAGGGAGAAGACAAAGAUCAAGAAAGCAAAACUCCCUCAGGUGGUCCCAGAACAGAGAGAAAACAAGCAAAGAAGUUUACUAGCUGAUGAUCAUGAACUAGAAAAAGUUAGAGCUGAGUCUGCUGCUGCUAAGGAAGAACUGAACAGUUGCAGAGAGAAAGUAGAGAAACUGAAAGAGGAAUUAACAGUAAAAGAAACAAGUGUGAUUCAUCUUCAGGAAGAACUAAAGCAAGCAAGGGAAAAACUUUCUCAAGUGGAAGAGAAACUUGCAGCUUAUGUGCAAAAGGAAGAGAACGCUAACAAAUUGGAAAGAGUAGGUACCAAAGAGAAACCUGCUAUCAACAGAACACAUGCAUCAUGUCAAACUGACAAAACGGUUCAUAUCAAUAGCGGUAACCAAACAUUGCAGCUCCUUACCAAAAAUGAAGAAAUCCAGAUUGAUUUGCAAAAUGGAUGUUCAUCAGAGGAAGUUACAGAAAUCAUAAGGGAAUUCAGUGAAAAAAUUGAUCAAAUGCAAGAACUACAUGCGGCCGAAAUAAUGGAUAUGGAAACCCGACAUAUUUCAGAAUCAGAAGCUUUGAAAAGAGAACAGUUUCUUUUAGUACAGGAAUUAACUGAAGAAUGCAAUUCUUUGAAGGCUGUCAUAGAAGCCCUGAGGGAUAAAGAGGAGAUUCCUUGUUUAGCACAAUCUAUAUCUUCUAAUGUCAGAGAUGGGUGCUCUAGUGAUUCUAGUUCAGACUGGAGCCAAGGAGUAUAUCUUGCACCUAGUCAAGGAUCAGAUACAGUAUCAGAAGAAAUAGGAGACGAAGGUGAAACUUCAGCGGAUUUCCUUCCAAAGAAAAUAAAGGGGUUGCUGAGAGCUGUUCAUCACGAAGGUAUACAGGUGCUCUCUCUCACAGAAUUUCCAUACAGUGACAGUGAUGUGCCUUCCCUUAAGCAAGGGACAGAAUACUGGCUGCAAGAACGCAAGGCAUUCUUGAGCACUGUUUCAUCUUUGAAGGAUUUAAUUGCUAAAAUGCAGGUUCAUAGGGAUCCAGAGCUUUAUUCAGGAUCUGAAUCGUCUGGAGGCAUCUCAGAUUGGCGAUCUGAACUCUUGUUUGCUGUUCAACAAGUCUUCCAAAGGGAAAAGGAUGUUCUUCUAGCAGCAUUUCAAACAGAACUGGCUGAAGGAGGCACCCGGGAUGUACCGGCACUAAUGGGUCAGCUAGAAAAGAGGCUUCAAGAACAGGAUACAUAUCAGAGAACUGCUGUGGACUGCAUUCAGAAUGCAGACAGGAUAAGUUUGUUAAUGGAAGUCAAACGGUUACAUGCCCAACUGAACAACAGAAAAACUGAUCCGAAGAGGGAAGUCGAAAUUGAGCCAAAAUGUCAAGAGUUGCUGGGGGGCAACAUGGAGAUGCAAAUGGAGCUCAGUAGCACAAAGGACAAAUCAGCUGAACUUCAGGAGCAACUGAAUUCCGAGAGGAUGAUGGUUGCUGAGUUAAAGAAUGGACUUGGACAAGCAAAACUAGAACUGGAGACAACGCUUAAAGCCCAGCACAAGCACUUAAGAGAUUUGGAAGCUAUCAGAAAUGAGCUUAAAGUAAAAACAGCUGAACUAGAUAUGCUAAAAGAUACAAUGGCAAGUGAACAGAAGAAGUCAAGAGAGCUUCAGUGGGCACUGGAGAAGGAGAAGGCUAAAAUGGAACGCAGCGAGGGACGAGGAAGAGAAGAGCUAGAGGAUUUGAAAUAUUCUCUUGAGAAUGAAAAACAAAAAGUGAUAGAAUUGAAUAAAUUUUUGGAGUUUGAGAAGCAGCUGUCAAAUGAUUUGGAAAAGAAAAUUCAAUCCCAGGAAACUUUGAAUGCGGCCCAGUUGUCACAGGAGCGCAGCUGUAACUCUGAGCUUCAAGUACUGCUAGAAUCAGAGAAGUUCAGAGUUCUUGAGCUAAGCAGUGCCCUUGAAAGGGAAAAAGAAUUGUGUGCCCAGCUUCAGGCAGCUGAACAGAAAAGGCAGAAUGGGACUCUUAAACCGGCAGAAGAAUUACUUGGAGAUCUGCAAAAACAGCUGGAUGAAAAGCAUGGCCGUAUAGUGGAGUUGGUUAGUGAGAUGGAACGGUAUAAAUUGGAAUCUGUUCAGCUGAAGCAGCAGAUGGAAAAGGAGAGGCAGAUUCAAAGGAAGACUCUGCAAGAUGAACAAGAAGCUAAUCUCUUGGCACAUAAAAAAGUUCAUGAACUGGAGUCCAAAGUGGAAGAUCUUCAGUGGCAGCUUGGAGAAAAGAGACAGCAGGUUCAUCAGCUGCAGCACGAGGAAAAGAAAUUGCAAGAAACCAUCCAAAAACUGCAGCAAGAGGAGCAGAGCAGAAUGGCAGGAACCAAAGUGGAAACAGCAGCCUGCCAGAAUCUAAAUGAGGCAACUUGGGAUACAUCUAAUGAAAGAACAAGAAAGUGGGUCUUCCAGCAAAAAAUGGGAGUAGCUGAAACAAAAGAAUUGUCCUAUUCUGCUCUAAUUGGCAUGGGAGGAGGAGGAGAUGUUAUCAAGGAAUCCCACGAUCUGCAGGCUGCCAGACAGAAGCUAAGAAAUGUGUCUUCCAGACUGAAACUUCUGACUAACAAAGCAGCCAACAGGCUGCCGUUUGAAAAAACAGAUGAUGAAGACUUUGUUGGGAUACAAAAUGAUAUUGAAGAAGUUCUCUUGCUUUUGCAAAUGUUAUCUGGCUUCUCCAACUUGGAUACAGAGCUGAAUUCAGAGCUACCACCAGUUAGUUCAUUGACUGAAAGGUUGCUAAAACAAAAUGCUGAGCUGACUGGAUUUGUCAGUAGACUGAGUGAGGAAAAGAACAAUUUGAGAAAUGUCAUCAUGAAACUGGAGGAGGAACUUAGACGAUGCCAGCACAGAGGACCCUGUGGAGAUUCUCCAUUUAGACCACCACUGUACAAUGGAGGAAGUAUCGAUACACUUGUUGCUUCAGAAAGAGAGAGCUGGAACAAAGAGAAAUCAACUCUGCAGCAGUCCCUGAAACAGGCAGAGGCAGAGCUCGUCAAACUGAGAGCAGAGUUAAGGAACGAGGCUUUUCUGAGAGAACUGGGAUCAGAUUCAGAAAAUGCUGCUUUAAAGAGAAUUUAUGGCAGGUAUUUGAGAGCGGAGAGCUUUCGGAAGGCACUCAUAUAUCAGAAGAAAUAUUUACUGCUCUUACUGGGUGGGUUUCAGGAGUGUGAAGAAGCCACCUUAUCUCUCAUUGCAAGAAUGGGUGGACAGCCUUCCUACACAGAUCUGGAGAUUAUUACACAUCGUCCAAAGGGUUUCACACGGUUCCGGUCAGCAGUUAGAGUGCUAAUUGCAAUUUCAAGAAUGAAGUUCCUGGUUCAUCGUUGGCAUCGAAUUACUGGUUAUAGUUCAAUAGGCAUCAGCAGAGAUGGUUUUAGCCAGAACACAGGUGGUCUUGAACUAUAUGGAGAUCAAAGACAUUCUUCUUAUCGAUCCAGAUCAGAGCUGGAAUCUCUCAGAUCUCCUCUAAGCUAUCAACACAGGUACCAGGGUGUCCAUACUGAUUUAAGCACAGUUUCCCUUGCAUGUUCUCAGCUACAGAAUUAUGAUCCCGAUAGAGCAUUAACUGAUUAUAUCAAUCGUCUGGAGGCUCUACAGAAGCGACUUGGAAGUGUACAGUCCGCACCAGCUUCAUAUGCACAACUGCACUCUGGUAUCAGAAGAUAAAUCUUUACAACAUCUUCACUGCUGGUAGUAACAUCAGAUAAAAUGCCUUCUGCAAAUCUACGCGCCUGCUGUGCUUUUGUAUAAUGUGUAUAUUGUGGGACCAACAUGAACACAGCUCAAUGAUUGUAUGCAGUUCACCUUGCUGGCAUCUCCACACCGACUGGAACUUGUGUACAUAGGCACUUUUGUGGUCAUUCAAACCUGAUCAUUAAAUUACAUGUAUAUUUGUGGAAUGCUUAAUUUAAACAAUUAAAUUAUUAAGAAGUGUGUAUUUAUCAAAUGGAUUGAGAGGAUGAAACUUUUGAGAUUGCUGAAUGCUUAGUUGUAAGUGCACAACACUUUCUGAUAAGGCUACUUGAAGGACUUUUCAUGAUUUUAUCCUAUUUGCUACUGGCACUGCAGAGAGAAAUAUCACUUGUAGAGACCUAUUUUUGUAAAGGUAGAAGUUUUGAAUUUUAUGGGUAUUUUGUCAAAGUACUGAAAUAAAGAUGAUUUCAUCCUUUUAA